AUGCGGUGGUGGUGGCGGUUAUCGGCGUGGAGAGGCGGCCAACGCUGGCUGCGGGCUGUGAACCGCGUGCUCACAGUGGCGCUGUUUGUGCUCUUGGGAUUGUUCCUUGUGAACCGCCAACAUCAGAACCGCACACGCUCCCUGAACGCGCGCGACAUUCUUCUCCAGCACAAUCGCCAGACACGAGAGGAGGAUUCCAGUGACCCCAUCGCUGCCAACAACCCAUAUCGUGACAACCUCCUCGGAACACAGCCAUGGUCAGGGUCGCCGCUGGAACUGGAAAACAUGCGCGAUGUGGGCGCCAUGGAUGAACUUCCUUGGCCAUAUUCGCCAGCGGACGUGCGUGCGACGCUGCCAUUCCUCAAGUGGCUGGCUCUUCUUCGGGAGGAAGAUGUGGCGCCAAUGCCACCACCAUCUGAUGGCCAAAACGAAGCUGCAGCGCCGGCAUCAACAGCACACAGCCUGGCUGAACAGUGGGCUGCUGCCGCCAAGGGAGAGGACGUCGUCGACAAGGACGCGCCAGUACUUCGCACCGCACUGGAACACGUGCUAUUGGAGAACGACAACUUUCUCUCAUGCGAGCUAUCAGAUGAAGACGCCAAAGCAGCCAAAGGCAAUGCGGUGACGAGCCAGUGUCGUCGCGCCAUCCACCGUGCUGCGUGCAUGUAUCAGCGCGGCUUCCUGUACCCGCCAGACAUUCACACAACAGCAGACACCGAGGCGUGCAAAGAUCCGAUGUCUAUUGACAACUUGCGCGUGCACAACCAGAAAGAGCGGGAAGGCAGGAGCCAGGUUGACAAGACCAACAAAGCAGGCGCUGCCGACGGCGCGUUGGAUGUGAUAAUGCCUGUGGCACCGCCCGUGCGACUGGCGGUGAUGAUUGUCGUGCACGGCCGCGCCGUCAACUCCAUCAAGCAGCUCAUAGCAGCCCUGUACCAGCCCCAGCACAUCUACCUCAUCCACGUCGACGAACGGUCUGCAUAUCUGUACGAGAAACUGCUUGAGGAGACGGGCGGGAUUGCGAACGUUCACGUGGCGCCGUUUCGCCUCGACUCCAUCUGGGGCGCCGCCAACCUCUACCAGGUCUAUUCAGAGGGCAUUCGAUACCUGCAGCAGUACGAAUGGGACUAUUUUGUCAACUUGAGCGGCGCUGACCUUCCUCUCAGGCCAAUUGAUGACCUGGCCGCCUUCCUUGGACAGUAUGUCGGUCUCGGCUACAGCUUCCUCACCUCCCACGGCUCAAACCAUGAACGCUUUAUUCGCAAGCAAGGGUUUGACCGGACGUUUGUGCAGUGCGACCACCACAUGCACCGCAUUGGCGUGCGCCGCCUGCCGCCGUCGCUGCGAAUUGCCGGCGGCAGCGACUGGUUCAUCCUCCACCGCUCCCUCGCAGACUUUGCUGUCGGCUCCUCCCAACUUGUUCGCGAAGUCAGGCGCUACUACGACCAUUCGCUGCUGUCAGCAGAGUCCUACUUCCACAUUAUCGCAUACAACUCAGAGUUUUGCUCUCGGUUCAUCUCUUCCAAUCUUCGCUUUGCCAACUGGCGCGGCAGUCUCGGGUGCAAAUGCCAGUACAAGCAUCUCGUUGACUGGUGUGGCUGUUCCCCAAACGUCUUCAUUGCGGACGAUCUACGAUUGCUCAAGUCGCUCCCGUCUGCGCCAAACUUCUUUGCGCGCAAGUUUGACGGGCGCGUGAGCAACUCCGUUAUCCACGACGUCUUCACGCAUGUCCUCCAUGCACAACACGUGCUGCCCCGAGACUACUACUGGGAGAACGUGUACAGCGUUGGUUUUCCCGGUACUGAUUCCACAUCACAGACUUUCUUUUACUCCUUUGCCCGCGCAAGCGCACAGGUGCACUCUGUGUUCCAUGAGGACUCGUUCUUUGGAUAUGUCAUCACGGCCACGGUGUCGCCGUCAUCAACACACGCGACCCAGAGCACACGCGCGGUCACAGUGCAGUUUCUUCUCCGACAGAUUUCUCAGGACCAACUCCUGCCGUCAAACGUGAAGAGCGUUUCGCAUCCGAAACUGCAGCGUCAGCUUGUCGGCGCCAGCUGGGAUCCUAAGGAACGAAAUUUCUUCAGGUUUGGUGGACUGCUGAGUGUCUCUGAUCGGCCGAAAGCGGCGCAGUAUUGGGCAGAAGCGGACGCCGUGUCCUCCUUGGAGGUGAGAUGGACGCAACCGGGACACACCAGCGCCAGCGCCACCAGCAGGUGCAAACUCGAAGACGACAAGCGCGUGAGUGUCGCUGACUUCCCACCGCUUCUUGGCGAACUCACGCCCGAGGAAUGGACGGUACAGGCAGUGGCUACCGAGGGGCGUGAUCCUCUUUGA